UGCGACUAAAGUAGCUCGGAAUCUAGUAUUUAAAAAAAAAUGGCGUCACUCGGAUUUAUUUGAUUCAUGCCAGUAUUGGUGCUUAAAUUACAAACAGCCAUCGAAUGAAGAAAAAACAAUGACGGACGUGGAAGAGAAUAUCUCCCUACAAGUGUCUGCUUCACUGACGGAAGUGUUGGGCUGGGAGGCGGUUGAAGAAGGCUUUGCUGGGUACAUCAAGCACACUUCAGAGUCUCUGGAAAGGAAGCACAAUCACAAUGUGGAGAUACUCACAAAACUCUGGUCCAAUAUCCCACAGGAGAACCAUGGAAUAGGGCUGAAGGUUUACGCAAACCGUUACUAUGACAUCCGCAAUCUGACACAUGUGGACCUCCUGGCCGGACUCCUAGAGGCUGUUGCAGAAAAGAACAUGCUCGCUCCAAAGUUGAUAUGUGAAGCAUUGCUAGACCAUGAGAAGAUGGUAUACACCAACAGGAAGCCUUUCAUCAGAACUUGCAAGCUGAUCAGGAAGAUUGUUGGAGGUGUUGAUUACAAGGGGUGCCGUGAUUUGCUGCGCAUGAUCCUACAGAACCAUGCUAUAGAGUCCACCAAUGCCUGCUACACGGACCAAGUGGAAGCAAUUGUGACGGUUAUAUCCUAUAUUUUGGAUCGGAAUGUUUGCCUGUUGCCAAGUUACCUGGCUGUUAAUGAGAUCACCAAGCUAAACCAGGACUUGAAGACCUUGCCACAUUGGAAAUUGGGCCAACUUCUCUCAGAUUUUGUUCACAGCUUCAAGCCAGUGGCCCAGAUGGUUACCAUCUCUGGUCGGUCCAGCCUUUUACCAGUUGUUGGUAAUUCUGUUGCCACUAACAACGUUUGGCGUCUCAAUUCAAAGGAUCUGAAGUUUUCUCUAAAUGGACCAUUGCCCUUUAGUAAAGAGAUCCAGGAACCCCAGUCUGCCCUGCUGAGAUACGUGCUGGAGCAGCCCUACUCCAGGGACAUGGUUGGCAGCAUGCUCAACCUCAACAAACAGGUGAAGCUGCGGUGUGAGGUGCUAGAGGAGCAGCUUGUGAACCUGGUGGUGUCAGCCAUGGAGCAGUCGGAGGACUCUGAUGGGGCCACAGACCCCUGCCUCUCUCACCUACUGUGGCAGCAUCUCUCCAGUCAGCUCAUAUACUUCGUUCUGUUCCAGUUUGCAUCCUUCUCACACAUGGUUACCUCCCUAUAUGACAAGCUAAAGGAUCGUAAGCUGAACAAGAACAAGGACACAAGAGACCAUCUAAUGUGGGUACUACUGCAGUUUAUCUCCGGCAGCAUCCAGAAAAACCCGUUGAGUGAUUUCCUUCCCGUACUAAAGCUGUACGACCUGCUGUACCCUGACAGUGCCUCCAUAGACGUCCCAGAGUGGCAGAAGUCAAGCUCCACCCACACCAUGGCCGCCACGUGCAUCUGGAUCCACCUGAACAUGAAGGCCUCUGUGGACAAAGUGCAACUGCAGAGGCCCAUACCACAGGCCCUCAGAGAGCACCAGGAGGCCUUGAGUCAGCUGGGGCAGCAACUGGAUAACCUCAAGCAGAACAUCGCUAAUAGAAGCUUGCCCAGCAAUGACUACAGAAUUCCAUUGCUUUGUAACGCAUACAGCACCAAUCCAGCCCAGUUCAACAUCCCAAUGACGAUCCUAGUAGAGAGCAUCAGUGGGAGUGGCAAGAACACAUGCUUCCUGCCCGGCAACCUGGUGGCAGCCUCCCCCAUUCAGCCCCUCUCAAUGAACCUUCUAGACUCCCUCACUGUGCAUGCCAAGAUGAGUCUUAUACACAGCAUCGUGUCCAAGGUCAUCAGGCAUGCCAAGGGCCAGAAAACAGCGAUAGCCCUGGCCCCAGCGCUGGUGGAGACGUACAGCCGCCUGCUGGUCUACAUGGAGAUUGAGUCACUGGGCAUCAAGGGGUUCAUCAGUCAGCUGCUGCCCACAGUGUUCACUAGCCAGGCCUGGGGUAUCCUGCACACCCUGCUAGAGAUGUUCAGCUACCGACUUCACCACAUUCAGCCUCACUAUCGCGUACAGCUCCUCGGACACCUGCACACCGUCUCCAACAUGCCCAUAACCAAUCAGAACCAGCUGCACCUGUGUGUGGAGAGCACUGCCCUCAGGCUUAUCACGGGGCUUGGGAGUGCUGAGGUCCAGCCGCAGUUGUCAAGGAUCUUCAGUGAACCUCGGGCGACUGGAUUCUUGUCACAAGAUUCUGAGGAACUGAAUAGGGUUUUGGUAUUGACUCUGGCUCGAGCUAUGCAUGUAACUGGUUCGGAGGCUUUUUCGACUCAAUGGUGCAAAGAUAUUCUCACCACUAUCAUGCAGAGCACACCCCACACCUGGCCGUCACAUACAACAGCAUGUUUCCCAUCAAGUCUCAGUGAGUUUUUCAAAACUGCAACUGUAGCCCGAGAAGACAAAAGUGCUUUGAAACGCAGUGUUGAUACGGAGUAUAAGAAAUGGCGCACCAUGGCGAACGAGAACGACAUCAUAGCACAUUUCAGCAUGCAAGGAACACCUCCGCUUUUCCUUUGUAUAAUCUGGAAGAGUCUCAUCGAUGACAACAGAAUUCUUCCAAUUGCAUACAGAGUGCUGGAGAAGAUUGGCCCUAGAGUGUUGUCCGCUCAUCUGAGAACAUUCUGCGAUUUCAUUGUGUACGAGUUCUGCUUAGCAGGAAAUCAGAAUUACUUCACUCGUUACAUAGAGGCACUAAACGAUAUGGUCUGGAAGUGCAAUAUUCUCACCAUUGACAGACUGGUUCUCUGCCUGUCUUUGAGAAGUCUCGAAAACAAUGAAGCCAGACUGGCGUUCUACAUUAUUUACCAGAUUCUGGUGAGAUCAACUGACUUCAAGAACAGGGUUACCGAUUUCCUUCGCGACAAUACACCUGACCAUUGGCUUCAGAGCAACUGGCACGAGAAACACAUGAACUUUCACAAGGCCUACCCAGAGAAAUUCUUCUACGAAGGUAUUCAAGACCUGAACAGCCCCAUACAGCAUCAGUAUCUACCCGUGUAUUUUGGCAACAUUUGCCUGAGGUUCAUUCCUGUGCUGGACAUUCUCAUACAUCGUCUCGUAGAGAUGGUUGCAGUACAGAAAUUCCUGGAGAGCAUCCUGGACAACAUUGGUGGACUGUACAAGUUUCAUGACCGUCCCAUCACGUAUCUGUACAAUACACUUCACUACUACGACAGCAAGCUGGCUGGUAGGGCUCCAUUGAAGCGCCGACUGGUGAACACGAUCGUCCUCGCACAUCGAGAUAUCCACACGGACAACUGGUUCCUCACAGAGGACUAUCACAAGUAUCUGCAGCUGUCUUCAGAGACCACAAACUGGGUACCAGAACAGGACUACUACAUUCGCCUCAUUGGCCGGCUAGUGGACACAAUCAAAGGUCAGUCACCAUUUCCGAGCUGUGACUGGAGGUUCAACGAGUUCCCGAAUCCUGCGGCUCACGCCCUGCAUGCCACAUGUGUAGAACUGAUGGCCCUGCCAGUGUCCAGUCCAGCUGUAGGGGCUGCUGUGUUAGAUGUGGUGCUGAAGGGCUCCUCACACCUUCCUCGUGACAAACUCAUGGAAUGGAUGAACGCAGUGGGACUGGUUCUCACCGCUCUGCCAGAGACCUACUGGAAUGUGCUGAACGAGCAGAUUUUGACCAUGAUGGAGAGUCCAGUGCUGAAGAACCUGGGGAAGAGCUUCUUUGAUGCGUUUGAUUUCAUGAACUGUCAAGGGAUGUUUGUUGAGGGGACGUGUAGCUACCUUCUGGCCGUGGCUCAUUCGGUCUGGCACCAUGCAGGCAUAGGGCAACUGAGCGUGCUCCCUCAGUUUGUAAAGGAGAAGGUCAAGGGCAUCAUUAAGACAGAAGAACAGUUUCUCUUUCUCCUGUUCCUGCUUGGUCCAUUCCUCUCCAGGUUUAACUUUGAGAGAACCAGGUGUUUGCUUGACCUCACUGUGGAAUUUUAUGAGAUUCUUGCCAAUAUUGACAAAUCGUGUGAGCAUCUAAAUUACAUGGAUGUCAUCACAGACUUUCUGUACCACAUCAAGUACAUGUUUGUUGGGGACGGUGUGAAGCAUGAUGUUGACAAGGUGAUACGUAAUCUUAGGCCUGCCCUGCAACUGCGGUUGAGAUUUAUAUCUCAUACCAAUGUGGAUGAAACGCCCAUCAACACGCCACGUGAACCAAUCAGUUCCACAAGUGAGAAGAAAUAUUUUAAUGAAUGAAACCUGCCUUGAGUUUGUAUGCGACUUGAUGCCAGAAGUUGAAGCUUUGCUGUAUGAAACAUGGAAUGAGAAAGUGUUAAAUUUCUUGAUGCUUUAACAAGUUGACACUUUUGCUAAAAAAAGAGGGUUUGUCUGCCAUUAAAAACCUUAAUUCUUUUACAUACAUGUACAUGUAUAGACUUUGUUGGAUAAAAACAUAAGUGAUUGCUUGUUUAAAUGAGCUUAGUCAAGACAUCUGGAUAGUAUUAGCCAAAUAUUAUACAAGUAAAAUGUAUGAAUUGCAGCUGAAUGGAAUCUCUGCAUGACAUCAGUUGAGGAUACAUUUGUAUGACAUUAAGACACAAUGUGUAACAUGCUAACAACUAAGCUAAAUUAAAUGGGCUUGACCUUUUAUACGAAAGCUGAUUGUAUUUUCUACUAGAAUAAUUUACAAGUGAUUUAUUUGGCCGUUGUGUGACUUAAGAAGACAGUGACUUGAUGCAUGCAUAAACCUUAGAACAAUAUUCCAUUUGUAUAGUGCUUCUUGUAUAAAUAUGUGUAUGUCUAUACAAAAUAA